CACGGAGAAGAUAUGUUGGAAAACAAAAAAGAAAAGGAAAAAGGAAAAAAAAAUAACAUAUUAGAUCAUAAAUAUAAAGUUGCGCGAAAUCAGAAUUUCAAUAGAAGGCACACAAAUGAACAGUGAUGUUCUUUAAGUGUUCAAAACGUUCCACACGCUCACCCAACAUGUGACAAAAUGCAUGAAACCAGCCGAAUGUGUUCAAGGAAUCUUUUUGGAUCUGGCCACAAACUAAGUGACACCAAAACAGUGGCUCACCUUAUCCAAACCUAUGCACGAACCAAAGAGUUAAACAAAGGAAAGCAGUUGCAUGCUAUGCUGAUUCGAGGAGGGUGUUUGCCAAACACCUUUCUGAGCAAUCACUUCCUCAAUUUGUAUUCCAAAUGUGGAGAGCUUGAUUACACCAUCAAACUGUUUGACAAAAUGUCACAGAGAAACAUGGUUUCUUGGACAUCCAUUAUUACUGGGUUUGCUCAUAAUUCGAGGUUUCAAGAGGCUUUGAGUUCAUUUUGUCAAAUGAGGAUUGAAGGAGAAAUAGCCACACAAUUUGCACUUUCAAGUGUGCUUCAAGCUUGUACCUCACUUGGGGCAAUUCAGUUUGGUACGCAGGUGCAUUGCCUUGUUGUCAAAUGUGGGUUUGGCUGUGAACUGUUUGUGGGUAGUAAUUUGACUGAUAUGUAUUCAAAGUGCGGGGAGUUGUCUGAUGCAUGUAAAGCUUUUGAGGAAAUGCCUUGUAAGGAUGCAGUGUUGUGGACGUCAAUGAUUGAUGGCUUUGUGAAAAAUGGAGAUUUUAAGAAAGCUUUAACGGCUUAUAUGAAAAUGGUCACUGAUGAUGUUUUUAUUGAUCAGCAUGUGCUUUGUAGUACUUUGAGUGCUUGCAGUGCACUUAAAGCUUCUAGUUUUGGGAAGUCCCUUCAUGCAACCAUUUUGAAGCUUGGAUUCGAAUAUGAGACUUUCAUAGGAAAUGCCUUGACAGAUAUGUAUUCAAAGUCUGGAGAUAUGGUAAGUGCUUCAAAUGUCUUCCAAAUCCAUUCUGAUUGUAUAAGUAUAGUGUCUUUGACUGCUAUUAUUGAUGGUUAUGUUGAGAUGGAUCAAAUUGAGAAGGCUUUAAGCACUUUUGUUGACUUGCGGAGGAGGGGAAUUGAACCUAAUGAAUUUACAUUCACUAGCUUGAUCAAGGCUUGUGCUAACCAAGCAAAGCUAGAACAUGGGAGCCAGCUCCAUGGUCAAGUUGUCAAAUUCAACUUUAAAAGAGACCCUUUUGUUUCUUCAACACUAGUUGAUAUGUAUGGAAAGUGUGGGUUGUUUGACCACUCAAUCCAAUUGUUUGAUGAGAUUGAAAAUCCUGAUGAAAUAGCAUGGAAUACACUAGUGGGAGUUUUUUCUCAGCAUGGUUUAGGAAGAAAUGCCAUUGAAACUUUUAAUGGGAUGAUCCACAGGGGACUGAAACCAAAUGCAGUAACAUUUGUUAACCUUUUAAAAGGAUGUAGUCAUGCAGGAAUGGUUGAGGACGGGUUAAACUACUUUAGUUCCAUGGAGAAGAUUUAUGGGGUAGUCCCUAAAGAAGAGCAUUACAGUUGUGUUAUUGAUUUGCUAGGUAGAGCUGGAAAGCUUAAAGAAGCAGAAGACUUUAUAAACAACAUGCCUUUUGAACCAAAUGUUUUUGGCUGGUGUUCUUUCCUUGGUGCUUGUAAAAUUCAUGGGGACAUGGAAAGGGCCAAAUUUGCAGCAGACAAAUUGAUGAAGCUUGAACCUGAAAAUAGUGGGGCUCAUGUUUUGCUUUCAAAUAUUUACGCAAAAGAAAAACAAUGGGAAGAUGUACAAAGUUUGAGAAAGAUGAUAAAAGAUGGCAACAUGAAUAAGUUGCCAGGUUAUAGUUGGGUUGAUAUUAGAAAUAAAACCCAUGUGUUUGGGGUUGAAGACUGGUCUCAUCCUCAAAAGAAAGAAAUUUAUGAAAAGCUUGAUAAUCUUCUUGAUCAGAUAAAGCGAAUCGGUUAUGUUCCUCAAACAGAAUCAGUUCUGAUUGACAUGGAUGACAAUUUGAAGGAGAAGCUUCUUCAUUAUCACAGCGAGAGGAUUGCCGUGGCAUUUUCAUUACUAACCUGCCCAACUGGUAUGCCGAUCAUUGUCAAAAAAAAUUUAAGAGUUUGCUCUGAUUGUCAUUCUGCAUUAAAAUUUAUUUCUAAGGUUACAGAGAGAAACAUCAUAGUCAGAGAUAUCAGCAGGUUUCAUCAUUUCUCCAAUGGUUCGUGUUCCUGUGGAGAUUACUGGUAAUGCUCAAAAGCUUGAAAGUUUUGGAAAAGAUAUGAUGCUUCAUGCUAGAAAACCAUAUUGAAGGAAAUUCCAAGGACAUUAAUUUUCACAAUUGUUUGCCUCACCAUUCAAAACAAGUGGUAUGUCCAUGCUGCAUUAACUUAAUUAUUAACAAGGGUGAGUCUUCAAGUUUUCAUGGUAUCUAUGUCAUGCGAAAUUCUUAAGGAUGAGAUUUGUUGAAAUUCAUUUUUCCUUGGAUGCCUGACUGCAUUUGGAUUUUUGUCUUAUUAUGUCUCACAUGGGUAUCAAUAAGGCUCUCAACAGAUAAAGACCCCAGAAAAGAGUGUGGCAAGGACGUUGGAUUGGCUUCAGUUUCAAAGGUUACUGAAGUGUUGAUGUUUCAGCCACACGGUACCAAAGAAAAGUGCAAGGGUUGAGUUGGAACAAGGGAGCCUUUUACAGAAACUUAGUGUUGUUUUGUAGUGUUAAAAAAAGUGGUAAGCAAGCUGGAAUUUUAUGGGGAGUUUGUGAUUUUGAAGUAUAUUUUCCACAUUGUUGGGUUUACGUUUUAUUUGCAGACACUUACCAGUUACCACAGCCUCUCCUGUUAUGGCACAACUCAACCAAAACUACAUUAAUUUUGCUCUUCCAUUCACACACUGUUCCUGAUUCAAUUACAUCACCCUCUUCUGGAUUAACAAGGUUAAUAAACCCCAUCAGCUAUUGUUUCUCUUCUGAUAGAGUGAUAGUGAGUGAAUUUUAUUUUACUUAUUAGGGAGUGGCAGUGGGAAGCUGAGCUCAAAUAUUAUAACAUGAUGCCAAAACUCAAAAUCAUAUUAAGUGAUGUAUCUUAGGUGACUGGAAAAAAGAGUGCCCGUGAUUAUUUUUCAUGUGAUUCUCUUAGUCUUAAAAUCACAUGGAUUUGGGCUUAAUAGAACCUAACUAUAUGAGCAGGAUGUCUUAGCCUAUGAGGCUUUGGUUGAGUAGCAACGCUUCCCAUAGAAAUAAUUUCAUUGAAAGAUAGUGUGCCAGGUUAUAUAUAUGAGUAGCAACGCUUCCUCUUGUUAGCUGUUGCCCAAAUUUGGAUACUUAUAUAUAUGAAGCAAUAGUGUGCCAGGUUAUAAUAAUUUAAAUACUAUGGACCGUAUUUUAUUCA